AUGUCUAGCCCGAAACUCUCACAGCGACUCUGGAAGAUUGCUCCGAGAGCAAGUCAACUCACCCGUAAGGAGCAGAUCCGGCAACUGAGCUUGCACGAGUACCAGUCCCAAGAUAUCCUGAGACAUUAUGGCGUUCCUGUUCCUCGCGGCCGCACAGUCAACACAGCCAAAGAGGCUCGGCUUGCAGCGCAAGAGCUCGGCCCAGAAUGCAUGGUCAAAGCCCAGGUCUUGGGUCGUGGCCGCGCCGCCGGCCGGUUCGACAACGGGCUCCGAAGCGGCGUCCAAGCCGUUUCGACCCCAGACCAAGCCGAGCACGUCGCGUCCAGAAUGCUCAAGCAGAAUCUUGUCACAAAAUACAACAGCCCCCACGGCCAUUUCGUCGACAAGCUGUACGUCACCGAGGCGGCAACCUGCGACGCGCACUGGUACCUCGCCAUGACGAUUGAUCGGGAAAACUACCGGCCUGCCAUCAUCGUCUCCAAAGUGGGCGGGGUUGAGCUCCAUGAUGUCGUUGAACAACGUCCCGAAAGUCUGUUUACCUUUAACUUUGGCCUAUCGGAGGGCAUUACCGAUGCCUUGGUGCAGGAUAUCCAGAGGCGUCUGGGCACGACGGGCCAAGAAACCGAGAGCCUGACCCAUAUUCUUACCCAAAUGCACAGCAUCUUCCGAGACCGAGAAGCCACCCAUCUCGAAAUCAACCCGCUGGGGCGAUGCCCCGACGGUUCUUUCACCAGCCUGAGCGCCAAUUUCGCCUUCGACAAGGCCGCCGAACAAAGGCAAGCGGACAUGUUUGCACUUCGCGACAAGACGCAGGAAGUCCCCGACGAAGUGGAAGCCGAGAAGCACGGCCUAGUGUACGUCCGAAUGGACGGCAACAUAGGCAACGUCGUCAACGGCGCGGGCCUGUCCAUGGCCACCAACGACGCCAUCGGGUUCCACGGCGGCUCGAGUGCCAAUUUCCUCGACGCAGGCGGAAAGGCGACCAAAGAUACCAUGAUGCAGGCGUUUCGAAUCAUUACGCGCGACAAGAGGGUCAGGGCUAUUCUGGUCAACAUUUAUGGCGGCAUCACGCACUGUGACAUGAUUGCCGAGUCGAUUGUUGGCGCCGCAAGCGAACUGGACAUCCGAGUGCCCAUGGUCGUGAGACUGCAGGGCACGAAUUCUGAAAAGGGAGUGAAGAUGCUCAAAGACGCAAAUCUAGGCUUGGUGGUUGAGUCUGAUUUCGGGCAGGCGGCGAAGCGAGCGGUCGAACUUGCACAGUCUGUUGGGGGCAAUGUAGAUGGGCACAGUAUCUGA